GGUGUGUACUCGUUCAAUCAAUUACUGUACGUUAUUUGUAACAAUAGUAGCAGUGACUGAUGCACGUUGAACUGUAAUGUGGCCAUUCCUGGCAUCAUCCCAAAUUCGUAUUCUGGUAAGAUUUCGUACAUGUUGCGCUCGUAUCCGCCUGUGGGUCAUGGAAAAGUGCGAUCAGAGUCUGCGCAACUCAGCGUUCUUCUCGUCGUCUGUGCGAAGUUUAUGAAGCUACACUGCAAGAGGAGAAAAAACAUUCGUCAUUCUAUUGGCUGGCAGUGCCAGGGGUGGUGCCCUCUCAGGUAUAGGUGGCUAUCUCUUGGGCGUGUAAACAGGACAGGCCAAGGGCCGUUAGGGGUGCAACAUGAAUUUCAAAUUCACCUAUAGCGAAAUAGAGGAACUUGGUGGCAACUUGCCCAUGAAGAAAAGGAAGUCACGCUUCACCUUCGAUGAAGUCCACCUGCUGCUGACUGAAGUCAAAAGAAACAGGCACAUCCUCGUAAGCAAGUUCAAUCAAGGCGCCUCGUCAGACCUGAGGAAGCGAACAUGGGCGGACAUUGCGAUUCGCAUCAACAAAAUCAGCGAGUGCCAACGGGAGGUCAUGGAGAUCGUCAAGAAGUGGGCGGACCUAAAGUGCGACGCCAAGCGCAGGAUGGUGGCAAUGCGAGGGCCUAAUGGUGUCCGUAUCUCCCAGAACCUGUCGCCAGUGGAGAAAAUGGUGCACGUGAUACUAACCAUGUCCCCUCCGAACAAGGCCACCAUGGGCAGUAUGAAUAAUGAACCUGAGGAGAAUGACUUUGGUGACAUGUCGGAGAUGUCAACUCGCUUCUCUGGCACCUCUAAUGGUAUGGCUGGCCUUCAUCAUAUGGGUAUGCCUGGCACCAGCCCCCACGCCAUGGGCUCGUCUUUCUCAACUCCAGAUAAAGAUUAUGGCAUGUUCUCUCGGAUGCCAUUUGGCCGGGAUCCUUCUCAGUCAUCUCAUGAUUUUUCAUUCAUGACACCAGUCGAUGAAGACAACAGUCUGGGAUUCGAGGACCUAGAAGAGGUGCCGCGGCACAUGGGCUCCUUCCACCCUCCUGCUGAGCCUCGUCGCACCUACUCCAGAUUCGCUGCCUCUUCCACCGCUAUGUAUUCUUCCAUGGCUACCUCCUCGUCCUCCCUCCCAGCUCCCUCUUCCUGUCUCCCUGCUCCUCCCUCCUCUUCCACCUCUCCAGGGUCAGUCAUGGGGCAGGGGGCAAUCCGGAAGCAGCUAGCCCACAGUGCCUCCCUCAGUCUCAAGGAGCAGCAGGCCACUACUGCCCUGCUAGGGGCCGUGUCAGGGUCUCUGGGGGCCCUGGCCCAGUCCGUGCAGCAGCUGGUGGAGUCGCAGCAGGAGUUUGUACGCGACUCCCUGCAGAUGCAGCGAGAGACUGUGAGCGUCCUGCGAGACUUCUCCACCAGUGCCCUGGCUCUCCUGCGGGACAAGGUCAAUUGCCACCCACCGCCUUAACUCCCAGUUCACCUACAGAACCCAACACAACACACACACACAGACCCUACCUGUGAAGUGCUUGCCCGUGUACUGGGAUCAUGUCAUUAAUACUGUUUGCUGAUUCACCUUGAGAAUGAGUAUGCUGCCACUAGUAUAGAGAGUACUGAAUAGCAGGAAGCCAAAAUAAAAUUAUGAAUAUCUUUAUAUACUGGAGAGGAGCCUUCUAACUAGUGACUGGUUUGUGUUACUUUUGAUGACAAAGAGCAAUGCAUCCACGUGUCAUGGUUCCAGAAUUAUGGUAAAUCACAUUCUUUUUUUCUUUUCUUUUUACUGAAUGAAGCAAGAGUGGACAUUGCAAGGAUGUUUGUCAGAGAAAAACUUGUGCAAUACUCUAAAAAUGCUUUUCGAGUGUAAGCGAACUGUUGAUCUGCUCCUGUUUUGUUUUACAUGGCUUCAUAGCACAUACUGUACAUGUGGAAAGUAUGAAUGAGUUUUCAUCUGCCAACCUCUGUCAUAUUACUAUCCAAAGGUUAGGUGGUUUGGUUUUUAAACUGGCAAUAAAUCCCACUACAACUACGAGACGACUAAAUAGAAACUGGCAAUAUUUGUAGCAUUUGCACUUCAAUUUAAUGUAUUUUCAUUUUGUAUUGAGUUUAAAUUAUAUUGAGUGUUCAACUUUUUAGGAAAGUUUUGGGAAUUUUGUUGUUAUAUUUUGUCAAUGCUGAAGAAAUGUUUUUAUGAAAAAGUAACCUUUUCACUGAACUUCAAUUAACUUUUAGUUUUUCCAGACUGAAUGAUUUUUAAAACAUACUAUAGACUACUGUACUGUAAUGUGUGACUCCUUCAACCAAAUCUUGAGAAUAAAACAACCUGUUUUGAACUUA